AAGCCGCGGAUUUGAUUUUACGCAGCUAGCAGGUUAGCACGUACUGUUCAGUGCACAGCUUUCUCUGUCUCCAAGAAUGACACACUUUUGAUAGUCAGCACGUCAGUUUUUGAAAAUAUCAAAAUGAAUCUCGACAGACUUAGAAAGCGAGUGCGGCAGUACAUCGACCAGCAACAGUAUCAAAGUGCUCUGUUUUGGGCCGACAAGAUAGCAUCUCUUUCUCAUGAGGAUCCCCAGGACAUCUACUGGCUAGCUCAGUGCCUUUACUUAACCUCACAGUACCACAGAGCCUCCCAUGCCCUCCGUUCACGAAAACUUGACAAGCUGUAUGGAGCUUGUCAGUAUCUUGCUGCUAGGUGCCAUUAUGCUGCCAAAGAGUUCCAACAGGCCUUGGAUAUCCUGGAUGCAGAGGAGCCAGCUAAUAAGAAGCUGCUGGACAGGAGUGGAAAGGAGGACAAUGGGACACCAGAGUCAGCCAAGGACUGGGAUAUGUCCCCUGCCUCAAUCAGCAGCUCCAUCUGUCUCCUGCGGGGUAAGAUCUAUGAUGCCAUGGACAACAGGCCACUGGCCACCUCCAGCUACAAAGAGGCCUUGAAACUGGAUGUGUACUGCUUUGAAGCCUUUGACCUUUUAACGUCCCACCAUAUGUUGACUGCACAGGAAGAGAAAGACUUCCUUGAUUCGCUUCCUCUGAGUCAACAGUGCACUGAGGAAGAGGAGGAGCUGCUACACUUCCUUUUUGAGAAUAAAUUAAAGAAGUAUAACAAGCCCAGUGAUUUGGUGGUGCCAGAGAUGGUCAAUGGUCUUCAGGACAACUUGGAUGUAGUGGUGUCUCUUGCUGAGAGGCAUUAUUAUAACUGUGAUUUCAAGAUGUGCUACAAACUCACAUCAAUGGUGAUGGUUAAAGACCCCUUCCAUGCCAACUGUUUACCAGUCCACAUAGGAACGUUGGUGGAACUUGGAAAAGCAAAUGAGCUGUUUUACCUCUCACACAAACUUGUAGACUUGUAUCCCAACAACCCAGUAUCCUGGUUUGCUGUUGGGUGCUACUAUCUCAUGGUUGGCCAUAAAAACGAGCACGCUCGUCGAUACCUAAGCAAAGCCACCACCCUGGAGAGGACUUACGGUCCUGCCUGGAUUGCCUACGGUCACUCAUUUGCAGUGGAGAGUGAGCACGACCAAGCCAUGGCUGCCUACUUCACUGCUGCUCAGCUGAUGAAAGGAUGUCACUUACCAAUGCUCUACAUCGGGCUGGAGUAUGGUCUGACCAACAACUCCAAGCUGGCAGAGCGUUUCUUCAGCCAGGCUCUUAGUAUCGCUCCAGAGGACCCAUUUGUCAUACAUGAGGUGGCAGUGGUCGCAUUUCAAAAUGGAGACUGGAAGACGGCAGAAAGGUUGUUUCUUGAUGCAAUGGAGAAGAUCAAAGCCAUAGGCAAUGAGGUCACUGUGGACAAGUGGGAGCCUUUGUUAAACAACUUAGGUCACGUGUGUCGGAAACUGAAAAAGUACGACCAGGCUCUGGAGUACCACCGUCAGGCGUUGGUGUUAAUCCCUCAGCACGCGUCCACCUACGCCGCCAUAGGAUACGUGCACAGCCUCAUGGGAGACUUUGAAAGUGCCAUCGACUACUUUCAUACAGCACUAGGACUAAAAAGGGACGACACUUUCUCUGUGACGAUGCUUGGUCACUGCAUUGAGAUGUACAUUGGUGACACAGAUGCCUAUAUAGGCACAGACAUCAAUGACAAGGUGCGAGGCAGCCUGAACACUCCAGCACUGAUGAAGAUGUUGAACACAUCAGAGCCCAGUGACCUUCUAGCUACGCCAAGAUUGGAAGACACAAGCAUCACGUCCUUGGAAACGCCACUGUCAAAUCAAGACAAGAUGAUGCUGGAAACUCCUCUUCGACUCUCGUUAACCCUGGAGUGCGACAUGUAUGAGAGCGACGUGAUGUUGGACACUUUGUCGGACACCAGCACAUGAUCUCAUCCUGUCGGGAGGUGGAACUGUCUUAACAACAGGUUGUCAUAGGCACACAUAUCCAAUCCCAAGGACAACAUUCAGCAAGAAAAUUUAGCACCUGUCCUCCAUCAAAGGUUUCCUGUGGAUUCCCCCCUUUUGUGCAUUAUAUGGUUGUUUCUUUAAGUGACAAAACAUAGAAUGCAAUUGUGAACGUUGUGUAAGUGUGGGCGAUUAGUAUACAGCACCUGCUGUAUAGUAUAUUGAUUUAGCAAGAAUGCACUUUAAAAGGGGAAUUGACAUGUGCCUUGGUUAAGGGACUGAGUACUUGGCUUAGCAUUGGAUGAGCAUUUGACCUUGGGUUAAGACACUGGAAACAUGUGGUCCUCUGACACUUGAUUGAACUGAGCAAACACAGCCCCACACCUCACAUCGAAAGACUGCCGUCACUUCUUGCUGCCUGUGGCAGGACCCUCCGUGUUGCUUAACCUGUGGAUUUUCACCUUUAAUAAAGAGCCAGCUAAAUACACGCAAUUUGGUGAAAAACAUUUUUGGUUAUUCGUACAAUAAACCAUGCAUUUAUCUUUAAAAAA